UGCAGGAGUUGCACCUUUCUGGCCGGCUGGGUUGCGAGGGGGGGUGGGCCGUGGCUGGGCCCUGGGAAGCCUCAGGCAGCUCCGUCAUCUCCGGGUGCUGGUCCUGAGGGGCAUGCUGCAGCGUGUGCCCGGGGAGCUGGGGGAGGUGGCAGGGAGCCUGGUGAGGCUGGAGAUCCACAACGAGGGCUCCAGGCUGCUGGUGCUGACGGGCCUGCGGCGUGUGGCCGGCCUAACCGAGUUGCAGCUGCAGGACUGCCACCUGGAGCGCCUGCCCUCUGCCUUGCUGGCCCUCACCAGCCUGCGCACCCUGGACCUGCAGCACAACAGCCUGCGCACCCUGGAGGAACUUCUAGGGCUGGCACACCUCCGCCGCCUCUCCUGCCUCAGGCUGGCCCAUAACUGUGUUCUGGCUCUACCGGCUAGUGUUGGUGUACUGCGUGCUCUGGAGCUCCUGGACCUGGGGUACAACCAGCUCCAGAGCCUUCCCCCGGCCCUCUUCACCCUCCACCACAUACGUCGCCUCCUACUGGCUGGCAACCUGCUGGACGAGCUGCCAGCAGAGGUAGGGGCGCUGACAUUUCUCACCGAGCUGGACCUGAGUGGGAACAGGCUGGAGAGUCUGCCUCCAGAGCUCUUCAGUCGCUGUUUGGAGCUGCGGAGCCUGAAUGUAUCCCACAACUCCUUGGGUUCCCUGCCUCCAGGGCUAAGCAACCUGAGCCAGCUGUCCCGCCUGGACCUGCGCAGCAACAGUCUGGAGGAGCUGCCCAUGGAGCUGGGCUGCUGUUCAGGACUGCAUGGAGAAGGUCUGCUGGUGGAGGACUGGCUGCUCCAUGCACUGCCACGACAUGUGAAAGAGUUCCUAACCCAGCCUGGCUCUCAUACUGGCAAAUCCUUAGAAUCACACUCCCGUCCAGACUCAGAUAGCUUCCCCUACUUCUCGGCUACCCAGUGGAGUUUCUCCUCCGCUCUGGAAUCACGGAUAUAGAACUGGAGAUGAAUAUUGUCUAACCUGUCAUAGAAUACAUUCAACAUCUUGUAGUGUUUGUAUUGUUUUGGACAAUUCAUAUAUUUUUUUAAUGCUUAUUUUAUUUCUGACAUUUUAUUUUUUUACCACCUAUUUUUCUUAUUGACCACUCUUUUCUAUGUUUAUCACUUGUUGAGUUUGUGGGGUACAUCACUGCAGCGCUGACACAUCCACAAUCUUCCUAGACAAAAAGUGAUUUUACAUGAAAGUUCAUAGACUUUGCUGCAGUAAAAUGUUUGAUACCUUAUGUCCCUGUACAGUUUAUAUAACAUCCAUAUAUGUAACCCGUUGGAAAAACUGAUUCGUCUUUGCUUCCACUUUGAGAGUCCUCUAUUAAUUUAAUUUCAAAGUAAAAACAGUAUUUUGAAGGAGUCUGCAUAAGACUGGAUGAAUGCAUGUCCUGCUACACUGGAUUAGACAUGGACAUGAAACGAUUGUUAUUAUCUCCACUGCGGAGCUCAGGGAUCCCUCCACAGGCUUACUGAAACUCUGGGCUUUCUGGGACUUGUUUGUCUGAGGAGGACUAUACCCUGAGCUUCAAUGAGCUUAUGAAGUUUAAAGGCCUAAACUGUACAUGUGGAAAGACAGAAAUUGGACAGACUGAAAGGACUUAAACGACCAAUAAGAUUAACAUUAACAUUUAUUCCUACUUGUUUUGCACAUAUUUAAUCUUCAAAAACCUCAAAUUAAUCUUGCUAGCAUUGGGUGCAACCUUUUGUGAAGCUAAUACUGACGUGAAACUAAUACAAUAGUGUGCUUGUUCAGAACAUUAGCACUUUAUUGUGACUAUCGAAAUGAUGAAAACUUGUCCACCUUUUUUUUGUACGACUAAUAAUAUUAAUUACAGUACAUGCAUGUACAUGCAUGCCCAGUACAUGCAUGUACAGUACAUGCAUGCCCUUAUUGGUGCUGAUUUGGACUAUGUUAUCGUAACACCUACAACGUAAUACAACACAUUUCAAUGAAUCGUUGCGGGACAAAUACAUUUUAUUGAAUAAAUGAAGUGUGUGUGUUCUACUGUACACAAGACCAUAAUGGUCAAACUUAUUGACUGAAUUAAUGUAAUAAACUAUGAACGUCCCGCUUACUUCCUGGAUCAUGUUCCAUAAUAUUUUUUAAUGAGAUUCAACAUUAUAUCAUAAUAUUCAUAAAAACGCGAUCAUUUAUGAUAUAUGUAAAAUUAUAUUUGUUUUCAUGGCUUAAUUUACUUCUGCGCAAUACGUUUUUAUAAGGUAUUAGAUUACAAAAUAUAAAACGCAAUCGAAAAUGUUAA